CCGCCGACGUCCGGUUUCCCCGGAGCCCCUGCGGCCGCUGAAGGUGAACCGGCAGACAUGGCGUUCUCGGCGCCGGCUGCCUACCUGACCCACCAGCAGAAGGUGCUGCGGCUUUAUAAGCGGGCGCUGCGCCACCUGGAGUCGUGGUGCAUUCACAGGGACAAAUACCGGUACUUUGCUUGUUUGAUGAGAGCUCGGUUUGAUGAACAUAAGAAUGAAAAGGACAUGGUGAAGGCUACCCAGCUGCUGAGGGAGGCAGAGGAAGAGUUCUGGCACUGUCAGCAUCCUCAGCCAUACAUCUUCCCUGAGUCUCCUGGGGGCACCUCCUACGAGAGAUACGAGUGUUACAAGGUUCCCGAGUGGUGCUUAGAUGACUGGCAUCCUUCCGAGAAGGCAAUGUAUCCUGAUUACUUUGCCAAGAGAGAGCAGUGGAAGAAACUGCGGAGAGAAAGCUGGGAGCGAGAGGUUAAGCAGCUGCAGGAGGAAACCCCGCUUGGUGGUGCCAGAACUGAAGCUUUGCCCCCAGCCCGAAAGGAAGGUGAUUUGCCCCCACUGUGGUGGCAUGUUGUGACCAGGCCCCGGGAGCAGCCCAUGUAGAGAAAGAGAGGAAGAUGCCUCACCAGUCACGCUUGCAAGUGAAAUAAGUUACAGGACAUACGCUUGCCCUAAUAAAAUAACUCCAUAUGGUA